GUAAGAGGAAACUAUUCGAUACUGUCAUUUAUUUUACACAGUUGCCAGAAUAACUGACAUUAUAUUCAUAGAGAGAGAUUAUUGGGAGUUUCAAAACGUGAAGGGUUUGAGAUUUUCGCAAUUACAUGAACAACUAAGACAAAAUGGCUCAAGAUUGGACCUGCAUUUGUUGUACAUAUGACAAAAACCCUGAUGCUGAUGAUGAAUGUUUCAUGUGCGGCACCGCACGCCAGACGCCGGGUACACCACACCAGAGUCAGCUGCAAGGCACGGCACGCCAGAGUAAGCUGCAAGGCACGGCACACCAGAGUCAGCUGCAAGGCACGGCACACCAGAGCCUGGAUUCAUCAAACCACAGUCGGGGUAAAUUUUUUAAGAGACAUGGUCAGGGCAAACCAGCGUUCAAGCCAGACGAGAACGAACUUCCCUCUCUAACUGUUCGCUGGGACGCUUUCAAAAUGGGCAGUCCUGAAGGGGACACUAACACAGAUAGCAAGAGCAAAUCACCCAACCCGGCUUUGUACAAGACAAGAACAUUUCGCCAGAUGACACCAGGUAUAGUAGAUUCAAAAUAUACAUAA